CGAAUUUCGUUCUUCACACCCUCACAUUAUCUCAUGGUCUUGAAAACUUGCAAAAUUUCAAAAAGCUAAAUUUUUAAUGCCAAAGGAAAUCUAGGCAUAUCAUAUUUAGAAAUUAAUUUUAACGAGGUACGAGGCUUCUAAUCAAAGUUCAUACUGUCAUUCAAAGAAAAGGAUAAAAGUUUGUGUGGCGUGACUGCAGGCUCAAAUGACUGCAGAUUCGAGGAAUCUUCAAGCCAUGUAAGGAACAAACAUGUUUAGUUCAGCUCAUGAGUCUACAGUGCUAGAAAAAUGCACGAUGCCUUUGAACAUGCUGUUAUAUUGGAGAAGCUUCCACUCCAAAUAGAGUGCAUUGCUACCUUCGGUAAGAAAUGAACGAGUUAAAAUGAAUGUACAGUGGGCCACUUGUAUUGAAAAGCUGUAAAAAGUUAGUUAGCUUGGUUCGUUCAUUUUUUCCUGUCUAAAAUGCUAAUAAGCUAUACUCUUACAUAAAUAGAAGUUGCCUGCUGAAUCAAUUUAUUUCAGGUUAGUUUUAUAUGAAAUAUCUCUUCUGAUCUGCAGUCUUUUAUUUAAUACCAGUUUAUUAGUCAUUAUAUUAUUUUGGUAAUCAUGUUAGAUUUGGCUCAGUCCAUCAAGUAGCCGUCACCACAAAGAAUAAUAAACCUGUUUAAGUCCGUCUUCAAAACAGUGCUGAAAUUCUUUAUCUUGGCCUCCACAUGUGCACCAGGAUUUGAGAAUGCACCACGAGUGGCUUGUUAAAAAAGCCAUUGUCAACAUUGCAACACUGUAAGGACCUCGAGUUAGUGUCCUUAUUAGCGAGAGUUUUUUUUUGCUUGGGAUUUAGCUUCUGUCUGUAUUAUCUGGGUGUACGUUAUAGCAGGAUGUCCACAAGGCGAGGGUUGACUGUAUUUGCCAAUAAGUAUGAAAGGAAAUUCAUAACGUUCUUCUAGAUCUUUGUCAAGUCUGUUGGGGGUACAGAACAAGGAUCUCAGCACUGCUUCAGAGAUGUUUACUAUUGGAGGUUACAUUAAAUCUACAGCGUAAACUAUUCAUCAAGGGACAGAUAGGCUCAUUAUUUAAACUUUGUGGGAACUAAGUAUUUAUAGCACUAAUGCCAGUGGAGCCAAGCAAAUGCAUGAAACAGAUAGUUUAAAUAAUAAUGAUAGUAAUAAUAAUAAUAAUAAUAAAUGUUAUUUAGCCAGGGUUAUCUCUUCAGCAUAAAAUGCUGCUAUCAAUGAGGACCCUGGAAAAAAUAAAAUAAAAUAAAAUAUAUAUAUAUAUAUAAAACUAGCCUAAAUUACAGUAACUAAAAAUACACUAAAAGUUAAAAAUACAACAAGAUUAAAAAACUGUCGAAAAAAGCUAAAAUACAGCAAUUGAAAUGCAUUUAAAAGCUAAACUAAUACAAAAACUUAACAAGUAACUAAAAAACUUUUGAUCUAUAUAAUUCCAAAAUAUGAGUUUUAAAAUCACAACUGACUUAGAAUCCUUCAUUUCACUUGCAAUAUUAUUAAAAAGUUUAGAUCCAUUAAAAUAAAAAGACUUCCUUGCCAUCUCAGUUCUGACUUUGGGGAGCAACAAGUUGUGCCCAAGUAUAACAGGGUUAUAAAUCCCAACUGGCAGGAGGCAUACCAGCUAGCUAUUUACAAGCAUGGCUGAGGAUUUGAACUCGGACUACCGUGAACAAAUCCAGCUAGCGGCCAGGGUGGAACUUGAACUAGGGCCCUUCUGAAUUGCAAGUCUAACGCUCUAACCACUCGGCCACUCUACCACCUUGAGGUUUUAUUGUCUGGUAAGUAUGUUAAUGAAGUGGUCCAAAUCUGAGUUUUAUGGCCCUCUCUGCUAUAAAGUAACACUGUUUAGAUCGCAGGUGGCCCAAGUGUAAUAUUCCCUCAGCAAUGUCUUACCCAAAACUCUUUUCCACCCAUUUUGCUCGAAGUUUAACAUUAUUUGGAGUGGAAGGGUGGGGGAUCACCAGUUUUACCAAUAGGGAGCUUAAGCAAGGGCAACUGUGACAGCUACAAGAACAGCAAAAAACAGUAGGUAUAUAACAGCUAAACAAUGAGUUUAUACGUGCAUCAUUUUUUUGUACAUUUCUUAGCCGUUACUUCACAGCUGUGGCCUGAAACAUCCUAAUUUCACAUUUGUGGAGUUUGUGAACACACAAGAGUGUUCUUUUUCUAAACUUAAACACUGUCCUUUCGAAUUCAAGUCCAGAAGAAUUCCCCAACAAUUGACAAAUUGAGUGGAAUGGAAUAAGUUUGAUGAAGUUUUAAACAGUAUGAAUUAUGCGAAUUCACCUUUUUAGUGAUGUUUUUGCUGCUGUCCCUGUUGUACAUUUAUUUACAAGUAAACUCCCUUAUAUCAUUUUGUCAGUAAAGUCCCAACACUUUUGACCUACAUGCUAUGAUAGCGUCAACUGCACAUUCCCUUAAAUAGUAAAUUUUUUUAAUCCUGCCUGCUUAUACAUACAGUUUCAAAAAAUAUAUCAAAUUCCAUUUAAUUCCAUGUAUUUUUUAGGUGACAAUCUUCUUGUGGGAACAAGACAGGGUCACUUGCUUCUAUAUGGAGUCAAAGAUGGCACAGGUGAAGAAUAAUACAUUGUAUCUGUAUAUCAUUGGCUUUAGACUGUGGUGAGAUGUGAAAUUAACAACUUCGCUGCUUUUGCUCCUUACUAUCACCCCACGGGGGUACUCUGGAUUUCAUAUGACAGAGUUGUUCGAAUGGGGGCAAAAGUCAAAACCCAAAAAAAUCCCUUGUUUCAAACAAAACCCAAAAAAAUCCCUGGACCAAAAUUUAGCCCCCCAAAAAUCCCAUGCUGAAUUUCGGACCCAUAAAAAAUUCCAGAAAGCAUUAAAUGGAAUAAAAUGAAAAAUAGUGACAUUAGUUUUGAAUAACCAAAAAAUCCCCUACUUAAAUCAAGCUACCCAAAAAAUGACUUGCCAAAAUUUUCUCGCCCAAAGAAAUCCCAAAAUCAAAAAUUUGAAACCCAAAAAAAUCUUUUGAUUAUCCCUGUUAAGUUAUGUCACUUGAAAUCCAGAGUUAAAUACUUGUACUGUCACACACUGGCCUUUUGAGGGAAUCCCCUUUUGAUCCUAAACCAGAUUUUUGAGAUCCUUUUAUUUCCUUUUAUGAGCACCUGACUUUUGCCUUCUCUUUUAGAGAAAAAAGAUAAUAAAAUUAAUAUCAAUAUUUAGUUGAGUUUGCUUUAGCAGAGCGAGACUCAAAAAAUGCAAGCAUUUCUUUUUCCAUCCACAAAUUCUAUUGCUUGAAGAAUACUCAACCUCCGAUAAAGUAGAACUAGAAAAACUUUGAGCGAGGAAAUCCUGUUUUGUGUAGACAGUGUAAAAUUAAUCCCCUCAUCAUUUCUUAUAUAAUUUCUAAGCAAGCUCGACUUAAUUCUGUUUAAAAGGGUCCUUGUUAAUUUGGCAGUUUCAAGUGUGCAAAGACCUAAAAGCUAAAUACCGUAAAUCCUCUAUUAAGAAGCCCCCCCUCGAAAAAGCCUCCCUCUAUAAUAAGCUCCCCCCCACCUCUUUUCAGGGGAAGAAAGUUUAUUUUAAGGCCUACCAUCUCUUUUAAGCUCCCCCCUCCCCUCCCUUCUUAUUCUUCUCUACCAAAUUAAUAAAGGAUGGACUGAUCCACUAUGGUUUAUCCGAUAUUCUGCAUAUGCUGGGAGUUUGGAUUUGUUUUGAUCUUUGGUUGCAAGACCUCUAACAUCACAUGCUUGAGCAUUUCCACUUUGUGUCCUAGUUCUUUAUGAAGAAUUGAUACCAUCUUCUGGUUCUUUGAAAAAUCAGUGUGGUGCUCCAUUUUGGUAAAUUAAUAAUUAUUCCCNAACUUUACUUAAUUGACAUUUUGUGCGGGCAUUAUUUUAAAUUAUUCUGUUUACUUCACAAAUAGGUGAUAAUAGAUUUGAAGUUGAGUUGCGAAGCUCCAAUAAGUUGUUUUCAAAGAGACCAAUUUUGCAGGUAUAAAUGUACUUUAUGUUCUUCUUGUGGUGACGGUACAUGUACUUUAAUUCUCUGUUUACUGAAUCUCCCUUUAUGAUGAUAAUACUGUUACUAUACUGUACACCCAAAACCUUUUUUAUGGACAACUGCUUAAUACCGACACCUCAUUAUUAGUUUUCUUUGUCCCUGGGGAAAGCCCUCACAUUUUCUUUAAAUUCAACCAGCUUAAUACGGACACCUGUUAAUUUGCAUUGUAGACAACAGACACUUGUUUCUUGCCCAAUCAACAAAUUUUUAUCAAAAGUCAACCUCACUAAUGUGGACACUUCUAUGUCAAAUGUCUGCCAUAAUAAACCUUCCUUUUUGAAGUUACAAAAAACUUCAGUUGAUCAAGCAUGUUGCUGUUGCUAGCAGUAAAGUACACUGGGGAGGAUAAUUUUUUUAGAUCAAGUUUGGACAAUAACCAGUUAUUGAUUAAGAAAUGUAUAAAUGAGCUAUUUUUGAGUGUUUCCAUGGACAUAGAAAGAUGGCUUUUGUGAUGGUUAGAUAGGUAUUUGCUAGUGUCCUGUGUUACUUGUUUAGUAUUUUGCCCAGAGUAGUGAUAAAAAUCAGUAGCAAUCAAGUGAUUUUUAUUGAUUGAUAAUGGAAGUCGGUGAAAAUCGAUAAACAAAAUUGUCAAAUUGGUAUUAUGUACUUUCAUGAUUGUAACGAUUUUUAACGUAAGUCUGCCAUUGUUGUUUUUUUGGCAUAAGUUAGAUAGUACAGCUGAGAAAACACAUCCACAAGUAAAACUGAUCAACAAACCUGAAAAUGAGAAAUGUGGAAACUACAGUGUGUGACACACACAAUUUUCCCUCAAAAACCUUUUAUUUUGUACAUAAUAACAGAAACAGUUACGUUUAAUAAUUUCAGCUCCCAGGCAAGCAUCAUGCCAAGAGAAAUUAAUACAACCAUAGAUAAAGAUUUCCUAUAGCCUGAAUUUCAGACAUCCCUUCGAGUCGAAAUUCAUGCUAAACGAAUGCCCUAGAUUAUAAGAUAGGUUUCACCAUUUUCCGUUAUCAAUCGAUAAAAAUCACUUAAUUGCUGACAAUUUUUUUUUAUUUCGAUUUUUACCUAUUAGCUAUGCUGGGGUGUAUCUUAACCUGGAACUACACCAACGAUAUUUUAAGAGGGUGGUAGAUCUAAGUCGUGAAAAACUGGGCGCCUACAAACCUGGCCAAUAUUAGCCACCAGAAAAAGAUUUUAAACCUGGUUUUAAUGAAAAGAUAAGAUUUUUUAAUGAUUCUUUUUUAAAAAGUGAUAAUAAUAUUGUUUGAUCCUUUGACUCUCAAUUGCAACUCAAUUGCCAACAAAUUCACCGUUUGCUUGAUUCAGUUUUCAUUGCAUUGGAUGAACAGAUUUAUCUUUCCAUAUAAAUUCAUGAAAUCGGUAAAAAUCAAGAUAAGUCGAUGACCAAAACGAGUGUGUCAUCGAUUUCUAUCAAUAGAUCAAUACAAUCGAUAUCAGUCAAAUCAGAUUUACUGAUUUUUAUCGAUUUAUCGAUUCAUCAAUUGAUACAGAUUUCUAUUGAUUGACUACUCUGGGUAUUUUGUUCAUUACAAAUAAAAGGUUUAUUUUUUACUUAAAUAGCCUGACCCACGUAAUGCAGAUAAUAUAUUAGCCCCCUCAGUGUCCGUAGUUGACUGUAUACACUUUUUAUAUUGCAGUUAGCUGUUGUUGAACAACUAAAUUUGCUGAUUAGUUUAUCAGGUGGGUAACCCUGUGCCAUGAGCAGUCAUUUCAAUUUUAUUUUAGUUUCCAUAUGGACAGGCAGACUGAAGCAAACCUUUGACCCCAUCAAUGCCAAUCAUUUCAGUCAAAACAUGCAUUCUUUCUCUUCACAAAGGCAAGAUGGAAAGCUGCAAAGACGUAGAGCAAAACUUGAAAUUUCAAAUUGGCACUCUUAAUCCCCUCUAAGUCAAUGAAUACUUUUCAUUGAACAAAUUCAGGGUUUGCAUAGUCUUGAAAAGUCCUUGAAUUCCAUUUUUCCUUGAAAGGUCCUUAAAUUUCUAUGCAAGUCCUUGAAAAGUCAUUGAAUUUUCUUCAACUUUGAAUGUAGUGGCCUGGAAAGUGUUUUUUGAUGCUUUUUGGUUGUCCAAGACAGGAUAUGAAUCAUAGCUCAGAGAAUUUAAAGGUUAUUUUUUAACACAAAGUGCUCAAUGUUUUAUGCAAUAAUUAUAGCGGAGCUCCAUGCGCACGUGUGCGGAGCGCCAUAGCUAGUAAGUAAAUCUAGCCAUCCUAGAUAAUUUGGUAAUCAUGUGACCGUACACCGCCCACACGGCCGACCGUCCAUCCGCAUCACAGGCAUACCAGUGUAAAAUAACCCAUACAACAGGUGUGGCAACCCAAAUGCAACUUGAGGUUAUUUUGGUGGGAAAUCGCAUAGCCAGCCACAUCUUGUAAAGCAGAGACAACUAAAGAGUCAAUAAAGAUGAAAAGGGAAAGCGGAAAUUGUUUCUGUACGGUCCAUGUUGUCUAAAGUAUUAAGCUUAGAUUAAUAAAUUGUCUUGUCCACAAAUUUGGAAUAUAGAGCAAGAGAAAGACAGCAGGCCAGUGAAGCUCAAUGAGAAAAAAAAAAAAAACAAAGGAGACCUUUUUUUGUUGGAAGAACAACAUGAAAACUUUGUAGCAGUGGUGACAAAAUGAGAAAUGCUAGCGGCCACCAAUGCAAGGUGAAAAUGAGCGGUAAUGAAGAAAAGUGAACGAGAACACAUACUGUAUUACAUUUCCUCCAAAAAACGUGUAACUAAGAAGUUUCUGGAAAUUUCACGUUGUAGUUGUGCAAAACAAUGGCAAAGAAAUGUACAAAAAAAGUAUGCUGCACUUGCAAAGUUGCUUUUUUUGCUAGUUAGACCUAUUGUUGUUUUUCACCGUUUUCCGGCCUUGACUUUGCGGCUUAGCAUUACAAGAAUUUAUAUUUUGUUUGCACAAACUUUAAAUAUUAUCGAGAGCUCCGCUGUUAGCCCUGGCUAAAUCUAUAAUAUUAUAUUGAUUAACUAUCAAUUUAAGACAAGUGAACUGAAAAAUGUAGAGAAGAUGGUGAAGCAAAUAGUUCAUAUUUUCAUUUUUGCAUUUUUGUAGAAUCUGUGAAGUUAUAUUCCUAUAUAGUAGGUGGUCCUUGAAAAUCUGAUGUGGUCCUUGAAAAGUCCUUGAAAAACGGUUGCAAUUUUUUUUGAUUAAUGCUCUUUAUCAAGGGCCAGCACUAAAAACGCCAGCAUUGUAAUCCCCCUAUGUUGUCUUAUCUACUUUGUCAACUUAGUUGAUAAAACCAAUUUUUUGCUCUGAUUUCAAACUAAAUGUCUAACAAGGAAUUCUUCUCAUCAAUCAACAUUGACAUGCCACUGUACUUAAAGCCUGAAUACCGUCCAGUAAUUCACAAUCAAACUCGUCCCUUUCAAGCAAAUGAAGAUAUUCAGUAGUAUCCUUAUUUCUUGAAUCGCUCAGUUUUUUAAAUUUUUGGUAAUUUGAACUAAAACUGCUGGGGUGUCACUGUAAUUUUACAAUGUUCAAAUUUCCUGAUUUUUCGUGACAAUUUGUUUUUCCCAAUGUGGAUUAAAAAAAUCUGGAUGACACUAAGUAGAAAUUUGCUGUUUUUGUUUGUGAUAAUGAAUACAUCAAAACAUAAAAAAACACAUCAUAAAUAUUACUUCAAAACGUGCUCAAUACCAAGCAAUAAUUGAUUGAUUGUUUGUUAAAACAGCAUUUAUUCGUAUUGAUCAUAACAGCUCUCCUGGUUUCCCUGUUAAGGCAACAGAAAUAAUGUCCCCUCUCACACAAUAAAAUGCAUGCCGCUGAACAUUUCAUGAGUUGUGCUAAAAGAAGGAAGAUAGAAACAUAGGGUAAAUUUUGCACAAAUGUACAUAGCUUACCACCGACUUACCUUUUUGCAGCUUAGACUGCCCAGUUAUACAUGAAAUGUGGAUUUGUACUCUUCAUUACACUUUAUCCCAAAGUUUACUGACACUGUUUUUGUCUCCAGAUGCUGUGAUAAGUGUUCAUAACUUGGAAACAUUUGCUCUCAAGUUUACUUUGCACAAAACAAAAGGAGCCACAGUUUUUGCUGUCAGUAUUAAGGUUUGUUUUGGUUGUAUAAUUAUAUUAUUUUAAUGACCAACUUUGAUGUUGUUCAACAUAAUUUAUAUCUUUAAGAUAUGUAAUCAAAGCGACCCCUUCGCGUAAGCGGCCACCUCCUGUAAAGCAACCACUUUGUAAAUGACUGUUUUGUUUCUCAGUUAAAUACUGUUUUAAAAACUCUCUCUCACAAGCGAGUACUACUAAAUUUCUUAAAUGACUGUGACCACUUUUUAGGCCAGAAAUUUGAAAUAUUCUUUUGUUUUCUGUUUCUGGUAAGCGACCACCAGCCAUGAUCACCUAUGAUUGUAAGAAAACCAUUGCUGAAUUGCACAAAAGUUGUGACCAAGCAUGCUGACAGAUUAAAGCAGUUGACUCAGAAAAAAAGGCUGUAAUUAGAUCUGUGGAUAAAAAAGUGGAUUAGCCAUUUUCACACAGAUGGAUAAUCCAUCUUCAAAGUCUGUCAAAAUUGAUGGAUAAACAGAUAGUUAAAGUCAGACAUUAUUUGUCCAAAAUAAAAAUCGUUCCAUUUUCACAUUAAGACUGAUUGUUUGUCUUACACACAUUAUCCAAUGGAUAAACUGUCGGAGACAGAUAAUCGGCCUUUAGUGUGAAAAUGGCCAUUGUUACAUCGAUGCAAAAUGUUAUGUAAAAAGUUUUAACAGUUCUGAGCACCACGCUAUGUAAAACGUUAUUGAUUUGCCAAUCAUCUAUUUGAUUAAUUUUAACUUGUAAAGUUAAUAUAUAAACUAUUAAUCAUGUAAUUACAAUAAUCAGUUCUGUUUGACCUUAUUUUCAUAAUUUUUCUUGACCACCCUUCAUUAUAAGCAACUUUGUUAAGCAUCAAGAGUACCAGUGUUGGCUUGUGAGAGUUGACUGUAUUCUACCAGACAUGACUAUCCAAUGACAUCAAUGAAAUCAAUGAGUACCGGUAAUCAAUAAGUAAUCAAUGGGUAAUCAGUUGAUUAGUCAUUUAGUCAUUCUUUAGCAUCAUUCAUAUUAUUUGUAUUUCUUUAUUUUAUUUAAAUAGGAGAGAAAACAGUCGUCAGUAUUUGGUAUGUUGUUCUCUUGUCGCUACAUAGCUUCUCUUGACUACAAGUUGUUUUGUUCCCAUUUUUGUAUUUGAGGGGACCAAGUUUUUGUGGUGUUUAGACUAGGUUGACUUUCUGAAAUUCAAACCUCCAGGGCAUGGUUGCCAAGCACAGCCAGAGGUUUCUGAAAUUCCUGACUUUUUUCCUGACAAAUGUAAAAUUUCCCUGGCUAACUGAACAGUUGCACAAAUAAGCCCUGAUAAUGGACUCAACUCUCCCCUCACAGCCAUCUUCUUCACCCUUCUAUUUAUGCUUUUGGCAAGUCACAUGCAGUGUACAUGAAUAAUUAUGAAUUAUUCAUACACUAAGGCCAUUAUAAAAGGAUAUUAAGACGCGAACUGUACCAUUUAUACAAGCAUGUCUAAUCUAAAACGAAAACAGCUCGUAUAAAUGGUUCUCGUCUUAUUUCUGCUCUUGACUUGUUUUCAUGUGGAUGUUGCCCAUAGCAACGGCAAUCCAACAUUGUGUACUUACUCUGCGUUUCUGUCUUAUAUAAGACGUGAAGGUCAUUUAUACAAAGUUUUUCUUGUCUUAGCUAAGACACAUCUCAUCUAAGAACAGGUGUUAAGGGCUGUUCUAAAAUAAGAUGCGUCUUAGCUAAAGUCACGUCUUAUUUUAGACGAAACGUGCCAUUUAUACAGAAAGUUUGCGUCUGAUUUAAGACACGUCUUAUUUUUUUUCUCAUAUAAAUGGCCUUACUGUAGUUCCUUAACUUAACGUGUAAAAAGUAUUGACUUUCUUGUAAACCCAACAUCAACUUUUCGUUCAAUUUCAUGAAUGAUAUUCUACCAAAUUGAAUACAAUAUGAUUCAUGUCUGUUAAAUGUGCAAAAGAUUUCUAAAUGUUAGAAAACAAUAAAAGUAGAGGGAAAGAAUAAAUAUGUGCUCCUAAAAUUUGGCUUUUCCCUGACUUCUUUCAAAGAUAAAAUUUUCCUUGACUCGAAGUGAAAUUUCCUGAAUUUUCCCCGACCUUGAAGAAUUUUUUCCCUGACCAUUUUCUCACCUGUAGCAACCAUGCAUAGGCUUUUCUUUGUAAAAGUUGGAAACAUAUGCAUUUUCUAAUUCACUGUGGCCUGUUGAAGAUGAAAUGGCUGGUUAAACCAAACUAAAUUUGUUUUAGUUAAGCAGUAAAAUUAGGUGAAAGGUUAAUGCAUUAUGGUAUCAAUAUAAUCAUGAUACUGUCAAAUUAUCAUGGGGAAACAUUCAAAUGCCCUUCAAAACUACCCUUUUUAGUCAAGCUUGCAUAGCAGCAAGACUCAGCGAUUUUUUUCUUCACAUUAUUUUAGUCUACAAAAGGGGUUCAUGAUCACUGGUGACACUCACAGCGUAUCUCCUUGUGUGAUCAGUGAUAAUUCAUUGUUUGUUUGAGUCGUUGAUACAAGUACAGUUAAACAUUUUUCAUGUUAGCUUGGCAUAAUCAAGAUCUCAUCUUUUGUUCUCAGAUCCUUCUCCACCUCUUGAAUUGAAGUUAUGUGUAGCAGUCAAAAGAAAGUUACAAGUAAGUGUUACAUUUCUUGUAAUGUCAACAGGGGAUUGUGUACUGUACUGUGGACAUCCCUGUAGAGCAGAUACCUGUAGUGCAGGCACUUAAUUACAAUGUAUGUUCCAUCAAAUGAGGGGUCUUAUUUACUAUAUAUCCUAACAAUUAUUAUAUAUUGAGCAAAAAGAAAUUUUAACCAGUUUUGACAUGGGUUCUUUUGUAAACAUUUAUUGGACAAUGAUUAAACUGUAUGCAAUUUUCUUAAUUCCUAGCUUUUUAACUGGAGGAAUGGAGAGUUUCAAGAAGGUGAAGACCUAUUCUUACCAGAUGUUGCCAGAUCUGUUGUAUGGACAAAAGAAUCUCUCUGUGUUGGUUUUAAAAGAGAAUACUCACUUAUAAAGGUAUUAUGUGUAUGACUUUGUAAUCUAAUAGUGACACGUGAAAUUAGGGAAUAAUUUCAUUUGCUUUUGUCCUUAUUAUCAGUCAUUGAAUUUGUACAAAACGCAAGUGAAAUUACUCCCAAAUUUCAUGAGUAUACCAUUUUGAUUACCUAUUAAUUUCAUGGGUGACAAAUCUGGCUAAAAAAAUUGAUUGUUGGUUUUUGACAUGUCUAUUGUAUCGAUCGAACUCUCCAUUCACUGAAAAGGUAAGAGCUUAAAUUUUGGCUUAAGUUUAUAAUUUUCCAAUUUUUCAACAAAAUACCUGAUAGAGUCCUUCUUGAUGUGCUCUUUCUUGUGUUUAGGUUUUCUAAAACAUCUUUCUUCUUAAUGUGAGGCGGGUUUUGUUACUUGUCCAUACCACUUAAAAAACUGUUUUGGGAUAGUAGUUAACAGCUUAUCCUUCCCCCCUAUGAGAAAGAGGAUUUGAUAUAAUAAUUUUAUGUUUAAGGAAGACUUAAUGGAAAAUAAAAUGUUGUGCAGUUAAGUGCCCCUUGGUUUUAUUUCUGGUUACUUUAUAAUUGUGUCUUCAUAUCACAACUUUACAUGUAUCAUUUUAAAAUAAGAAAUACAAGUUUUUUCAGACUUACAAGUUGUGGCUUUCUAUGUAUUUUUUUUGUAGUUAUUGCAUGCAUGUUUGGAUAUACAUAUACGGUUGACUCCCGAUAACUCAAACCUUAUAGGAAAACAAAAAUUACUUUCAAAGGUCACAAUUACUGAGGGUAAAAUUGCAUUAAUUGUAUGAGGGAAAUCCUGCGGAAAUCGACUUUGGUUUGAGUUAGUGAAGGUUUGAGUUGUUGGGAUUCCACCGUACCCUCAAGGUUAUGCAGUUCAAGUAUGCAAAAUUAUAACACAUUUUUUAUUUAUUCAUUUAUUUUUUCAUGUAGACUAACACAGGUGCGCAGACUGAACUGUUUUCAACUGGACGACAUUUGGAACCUACAAUUGCUACUUUACCAAGUGGAGAACUUAUCUUAUGUCGUGAUGACAUGAGUAUCAUUACUGACAGUGAGGGGAAAAAAACACAGAAACAAACAUUGACUUGGUCAGACACACCAACAGCAUUAGGUAAGAUAAGAUCUGGUAAUGUUAUAAUUCAAUGGUAAGGGCUGUUUAAUACACAUUUUACAAUAACUGAGCAAUUUCUUGCACACUGAUUGGUUUUAGAGGCAAACACUAUGGUGGAAAAGAGAGUGUAGACCAUGAAAAUUUUGUCAUGGUGGUACAAUUUGUAUUUCUCUUCAAGUUGUGUGUGAUUUCCNGUUUAUUGUAUUGAUCGAACUCUCCAUUCACUGAAAAGUUAAGAACGUAAAUUUUGGCUGAAGUUUAUAAUUUUCACAAUUUUUCAACAAAAUAACUGAUAGACUCCUUCUUGAUGUUCUCUUUCUUGUGUUUAGGUUUUCUAAAACAUCUUUGUUCUUAAUGUGAGGCGGGUUUUGUUAUUUGUCCAUACCACUUAAAAAACUGUUUUGGGAUAGUAGUUAACAGCUUAUCCUUCCCCCCUAUGAGAAAGAGGAUUUGAUAUAAUAAUUUUAUGUUUAAGGAAGACUUAAUGGAAAAUAAAAUGUUGUGCAGUUAAGUGCCCCUUGGUUUUAUUUCUGGUUACUUUAUAAUUGUGUCUUCAUAUCACAACUUUACAUGUAUCAUUUUAAAAUAAGAAAUACAAGUUUUUUCAGACUUACAAGUUGUGGCUUUCUAUGUAUUUUUUUUGUAGUUAUUGCAUGCAUGUUUGGAUAUACAUAUACGGUUGACUCCCGAUAACUCAAACCUUAUAGGAAAACAAAAAUUACUUUCAAAGGUCACAAUUACUGAGGGUAAAAUUGCAUUAAUUGUAUGAGGGAAAUCCUGCGGAAAUCGACUUUGGUUUGAGUUAGUGAAGGUUUGAGUUGUUGGGAUUCCACCGUACCCUCAAGGUUAUGCAGUUCAAGUAUGCAAAAUUAUAACACAUUUUUUAUUUAUUCAUUUAUUUUUUCAUGUAGACUAACACAGGUGCGCAGACUGAACUGUUUUCAACUGGACGACAUUUGGAACCUACAAUUGCUACUUUACCAAGUGGAGAACUUAUCUUAUGUCGUGAUGACAUGAGUAUCAUUACUGACAGCGAGGGGAAAAAAACACAGAAACAAACAUUGACUUGGUCAGACACACCAACAGCAUUAGGUAAGAUAAGAUCUGGUAAUGUUAUAAUUCAAUGGUAAGGGCUGUUUAAUACACAUUUUACAAUAACUGAGCAAUUUCUUGCACACUGAUUGGUUUUAGAGGCAAACACUAUGGUGGAAAAGAGAGUGUAGACCAUGAAAAUUUUGUCAUGGUGGUACAAUUUGUAUUUCUCUUCAAGUUGUGUGUGAUUUCCAAUUUGUUUGGGAUGUGAUUGCUCCAAAUCAGAAUACUUUUGAAACUUUUUUUCAGACUAUGUGGAGCCAUAUGUCAUUGGUCUACUUCCUCGCUAUGUUGAAAUACGAACAAUCAGUCCACGUGCCCUCAUUCAAAGCAUUGAACUUUCUAAACCAAGGUAUAUUACUCAAGGCAAGCACAUGUAUGUGGCAUCCACAAGCCAUGUCUGGAGACUUAUUCCUGUCUCCAUACCUAUGCAGAUACAGCAGCUAUUACAGGACAAGCAGUUUAGUCUUGCUCUUAUGUUGGCAGUAAGUAAACAAUGCUUUUUAAACUAUCUUUUGUUGUUGUCACAAAAUGUUUAAGCCCUCAUCAUUACAUCUUGAGUGUGUCACUCCCCCCGAUGGCAAUAAUAAUUAAUCUUCUCACAAAAAAUUGCGAGCAAGGCAAACUUUUGUUUGUGAAAAAUACUAAAAGAUUUAAAAAGAGUUUUUGACUGAGAUCUAGGGUAUCGGAAUUCUUUUCCAGGGAAGUGUACAUUAACUUAUACCAGUUUUUUCAGUCUAAUCACUUCAGAGUUUGAACUUGAUUUGUUCUUUAAUAUAACUCUGAAGUGUAAACAACAGAAAGUAAUGUGAUCAUGUGUGUUCACGAUUUAAACUGAAAAUCAAAGCCUUGUGACCUAAAUAACAGUUUUGUACCCAAAACACCUACCUGUUCCUCGUUGUUUGAACUUUAAAAAAAGACAACAAAUUAUAUUUGAGAUAUAGGAUGAUGUAUUAAACUGCUCUAAAAAUGCCGUCUAGAAUAUUGAAUAUUACAGUCAAACCUGGCCCACUUUACAGACACCCUCUUAAUAUGGACAACUCAUUAUUACAGACAGCUCGCUUUGUCCCUGGGGAAAGAAAGCCCUUGCAUUUUCUCUAAAUUGUUGGUUUCUCCUUGAUAUAUUAACCAACCUUUUACAUAUUUAAAAAGGCUGGAUUCUCCCUCUUCAAAUGAGAAAGUUUAACCUUUGCUUAUGUUGCUAGUUUUUGGAUUUCCCCACUCUGUAAAGCGUUGACCCUACCCUCCCUUCUAUUGAAAAUGUAAACCUUUCCUAAUCUGACAUUAAAAGUGAAAAAUUGACGGAAAAUGAAAGUUCGUAUUUUGUUAAAUGAAUUUGAUAUCAUUUGCUUCUGGUAGCAUAAAGAUCAAUGCAUCGUUUGUUUUCUGAACAGGAUAUGGUUGUUGAACCUGAGGAAGAGAAAGCAAAACGUAAAGAGAGUAUUCAGAACCUGUUUGCCUUUGAUAUGUUCUGUCAGAAGCGAUUUGAUGACUCUUUACAACUCUUUGCCCAGUUGGAAACAGGUUAGUAAAUAAAACUGAUUGAUUGAUGUUCUCAUUAUCUGUCAGAAGCAAUAUUGUAAGUUGUACAAUGCUAGGGUGGUAGACAUUGGAGAUAGAGGGUACAGGUGUAAUAAAGGGGUAAAAGGAAGUUUUGAUAUUGAGACAGAUUUCUGAACUGUGCAUGUAAGUGCCUCUUUCAAGGCAGCCAUGAUGAAUAGUUUAGAAUGAUUGAAUUUUACUCUACAUAUGCUGUAUUUCUUUUGAAGGGUUUGUUUGUUGGUAUUUCCAAUUAAAUUAUUGUCCAAUUUUGCAUUAGAUCAUAUAUUUGAAUGCUAUUUUGCACCUAAUAAAUAAAAAAUAUUAUAUUAUUAUAUUAUAUCCAAUUUUCAUUACACUGAAUAGGAUCAUGUAAGAUUCCCUUGAUCUGGAGUGAAUAAUAAAUUCAAAUUCUAGCAAGAAUAUUUACUACUUACAUCAGGUUGAGAGUAUAAUAAUUACUGUUACAUUGUGGUUUCUAUUAAUUUAGCACUAAUUUACUGUAAAUACAUUGUGAUAUAUUCAAUUUUGUUAACAUCUCCUCCAUGUUGAUUUCUUUGCUACAGAUCCUACUCACGUGAUUGGACUUUUUCCGGAUCUCCUUCCAAGUGAAUUUCGUAAACAACUUGAAUACCCAGCACCUCCCCCGCCGCUAACACCGGGGGAACUAGAGAAAGGCUGUCUAGCACUUGUGGAGUAUCUCACUCAGGUGAGAACUCGGUAAAUAAGAGACAAAGUCAGCUCUUGAGGAUACUCUUUUAAUAAUAAUUUUUAUUACAUUAACCCGUUACAUCUCAAAAUUGACCAAGAUCAAUAUUAAUUUUCUAACAAUACAGUACACGAUCAAGAGAAAAGGUUAGGAGAAUGAACAAAGUGGUUGACCAGAGAGAAAAUGCUUUGAUUGUUUAUCAAAUUCUUAAUGUAUAAAGAUCAAUGCAGAGAAUUUGUAUGUGGAUAUUGGGGCGUAAAGGGUUAAGGUAAAUUAAAUACCAGUAGUUGUAACACUAGCACUCACAUUGUUAUUAUCUUUACCUCAUAUGCUUUAAUAUGCUUUAAUCUCAUAGACUGUUUACUGUCGCCUUUUUUCUCAUAAGACUCAGAUCAUCCCAUACUUAAAGUAAGAUGGUCAUGAUUUAGUGCGUACGAUAACAAGCCACCAUCCUAGUUUCAAAUAAUUAUAUUGAGGGAUGUAUAGCAUUAGGUAGUCUGCUACACAGUUGCUCUUAGUGUUGUCAUGCAACACUCUUUGUAGCAGACUAAGCAUUAGGGAGAAUGAUGGAAAAAAUAAUUAAUAGAUAGACUGCAGUAUCAUUUUGCUCCUUGUUGGGUUCAGAGGGUGUUGUCAAAUUUUUAUGCCUUCACUUGUUACCGGUAAGUCGGUUAAUCUUCUGUCAGAUUUAGGAGAGUAUGAUACCAUUAACAACUUCAUUACUGUACAGUUGCAACAUUAAUUUAAAAAAGACCAAGCACAGUUUAAUAAUGCUCAUAGAAAUAGCCACAAUGGUAAUGAGUCUGUCAAGUUAACUUGUAAACCAAAGAGUACCUCUAUUGAUGUAGCCAUGAAAGCCCAGGGGUGUACUCCCUUAUAUGGACUAUGCGGGGAUGUGCUGCUGGACAGGGGUAUGGUCUUUGUCUUCUUUGUCCUAAAACAGGGUAUAUAAUUUGGCAUGAGUUUGUCCUAAACAGGGUAAACUUUUGUGUGUCUGUCCUGAUUAUAAACGGGGUAUUUGAACAAUGAUAAAUUUGAUUUGCUUGAUGGAGUUUGUUUCUACUCGAAGUAUACAAAAGCAAUGACUGUAACGUGAAUUUGCUCCAUUUCAAUUGCCAAUAAAUGGCUUUAAAACAAGACUGCAUGCGUUUUGUUCUACGGCCUAAACAGUGAAAUAGAAUUGAGGGUGUUGUCCUAAACAGGGCAUGUAUUAAUUUUUAGGAUUUUUUUUGUCCUAAACAGGGUUAGGUUUUUAAACCCUUAGCAGCUCACCUAUACCCAAAUAUCGGUCUAGUACCCCCGCCCCCCCCCCACCCCAGGGGGCAUGAAAGGCACAAUACACGAGAGAAAUUUUGAUACUUGUAAUGGAUGUUACAAAAUGUAGUGAUAAUAUUCUCCUAAAUGAUAUAAUUCCCACAGUCUAUUCAAGUUUUUUUGUAACUUUCUCCUCAGAAAAGAAAUGAUCUGAUAAAAAGACUUGACAAGGCUGAAAGUUUGAUGAAAGGAAGAAGCAAAGAUACUGCUGAGAAAAGUAGUGAAGGUAAUAAAAAAAUUAUUGCUAGGCUAGUAACUUACCAGAUCCACAAAAUAACAUUAUUUCUUGCAAUUGCAUUAAGCAUCCUUAUUGUGCAUGANCCAGCACAAAAAAAAAAAUUUUUUUUUUACAUGUGUGUUAGAGUUUUUUAUUUGGCAUGUUUUUAAAUGAGAUACGGGGAAUAAUUUUUUAAAAAUUUACAUUUUUUCUUUAUAGCCGGGGGUUGCCCGACGGGGGGGGGCCAGGGAGGGCCCCCCCCCCCCCCCCUCAUUUUUAGACCGAACUGAGGCCUGAAGGGCCAAAAAAUUUUUUUGGAGAGCACUUUUUGUCACUCCUUUCACAUAUGACAUUUCCUGAUAAAUUUUCUUCUUUUAACUAUUCCUGCUUACUAUUAGUGGUUAGAAUAUAAUUUUUGGUGUCUAGAGGCCAAGUAAACUAAUGUUAUCUUGUUGGCCCCUAGUUCCUAUGAAUAAUUACAUACACAGUAAUUAAAUUAACUACACUAAUUUAAUCAAGAAUAAAGUAAGUUCUUGUAAGUAAAAGAUCUAGAAUAAAUACGCACAAAACUAAAUAAACUAAAGAGAGGGAGAGAAAAAAAAAAAGAAAAGAAAAAGGAGUGAAAGUGAAUGAAAAUUAAAGUCGUGGACAAUAGAUAACAAUAACCAAGCAUAUAGUUUAUGAAGCCUUAAAGAAGUAUAUAAGUCUGUAUAAUUAUCAUGAUUACAAAAAAUGGUUUGGAAACGUUUUCCGGCCCCAAAACCUUUUUUCUUACUUGAAUGCUUCUCAGAGGCAAAAGUAAUUUUGAACACGAUCUUAGAAUCAGUGCAACUUAUGUUAAUCACAGGGGAGAAAGUGAUGAAACAUGUCAGUUCUGCCUGACUAAUAAACAUCUGUUUUGUCCUAAGAUGUAGACAGUAUCUUGAGCCUUUUUGAAACUACUGUGUAGUUGUAUCUUAUCUGUUCUUAAGAUGUAUGUUUGUUGCUUCUGUAGGCUGUCAUGUGGUUAUUUUAGUUUCAUUUUAUCUUCAGCUGAUAUAAAAACUCAGAAGAACAUCAUGCACAGAAGGCAGAUUAUUGACACUACACUUCUAAAAUGCUACCUUCAGGUUAGUGAAAAGAAAGCAAGAGGCUUAAAACUUUCCAUUUCUUGUUGUUUUCAAAAUCUUCCCUCGUUCCUAAUCAUCGCUUCAUCUUCUUUACUCCUCAUGCCUGGUCUUCGCAAAAUAUCACCUCGCAGUGGUCUUUUUACAAAUUAUUCUUCACAGCCUAAGAAAUCUUAUUUCCUGCAUGGCCCUAAACAUUUUUACCGCCUUUUCCUGUCGGUAGUUUCCCCCAUGCUGCGCAACAAUUAAAUGGUGCAGUCUUUUAAAUUUUGAAAUUUUCAAACUGUCUUAAGAAAUCUCUCCUUUCCAUGUUACAGGCCUCAUAUCUUGCCUCCUUGUUGUGAUUAUAUAUUUUUAAUUGCUUUGCUUUUUCUCAGAGUAAUACGACAUCCGUUUCUUUAACGAUAUAAAAUUUACUUGGGUGGCAAGGCUUUGUCACUCUCGUACAAAGUCUUAAACCUUAACCUUAUCGAUGCUUAUAACCUGAGCUCACUCAUCAUGCAUCAUGCUGCAUUGGUCUGCAAAUUGGGUUCCUUGCUAAUUGAGCAUUCUCUAUCUACACGUUUUUGUUAAGAGGUCACAUGAUUAACUGGUGCUAUGAUUAUGUAGACAUUGAACACAGCGUUUUCAUGCUGUAUUAUUUAUAUGAGUGUGGUGAAUACUCGGUAUGUAAUUUUAUUUGCUGCAUUCCUAUACCUGUAGGUUUUCAGUAGGCUUUGUUGAUUGUUUUGCUGCAGACAAAUGAUGCUCUUGUUGCUCCGCUACUGAGACUGAAGGAAAACUACUGUCAUGUUGAAGAGUGUGAAAGAGUUCUAAUGAAAAGCAAAAAGUAUAAUGAAUUGGUGAUUCUUUACCAGACAAAAGGUCUUCACAAGAAAGGUAUCCUCUGACUCUGGUGUGGGGGUACUGGACUCUGCAACUAGAAUAAUGUAGAGGCUACUGAAAUAAUCCCCUAAGUGAUGCUUUUGGAUUUUUUUUUUUUCAUUUCGCGUAAAUUGCUGAUUUUUUGCAAAUGGUCUUUUAUUUAAGCCAAAGAUAUUUCUUCGUUUUCUUUUUUUCAUGGCUUUGUGAAAGAAGGGCAAAAAACAUGGCGGCUUCUUUUGCCAAAAAAAAAAAACAAAACAAAACAAAACAUUAAUUAUGACUCAGAGGCAGCACAUUCUUUGUCAUUCUUGACGGAAUUUAAAUUUGGAAGUGUUGGUUUUUUAGUACAAAAAGGUAAAGCCGUACACGAGCCAAAGGCCCAAACGGUCGGAUGUUAUCCUGGUUCCUUAGCACGAAGCCUGCGUAUUAGCGUUGCUACUCCUCCCUGAACGGGAUACUAGUCCAUCGCAGGGUUACCCCCAGCAAUAGGUCGCCAGUACCCAUUUAUACACCUGGGUGAAGAGAGACAAAGUGGAGUAAAAUUAAUUGUCUAAAAAUACAACGCGACGGGCGAGGCGUCAACCCCGGACCUCCGGAGCUCGUGGUGUUAACCGCUCGGCCACACACGCCUGCUUUUUGAGGGGAGGGUUUAACUGGAGUACCCACAGUAAAGCCUCUCAGAACAAUGGCGAGAAUCAAACAACAAACACAACCCACAUAUGGUGCGGCUUCUGGGAAUUGAACCUGGUCUGGCCACUUAAGUCUGGCCACAUGAUUGAUGGGAGCGGACAUGCGCAAUCACCACUGCACCAUUCUUGCUCGCCAUCAUCAUCACAGUGUUGUUGGCCAUGAGUCAAGGAUAGGAAGAUAUUUUUUUCUAUCAUAAUUAUUUUGUUUCUCAGCAUCGUUCUACAUAACUGGUGUUUUAUGUUUUAGCACUGGAUCUUUUGUUAAGGCAAGCUCAAAAAUCCAGCAGUCAGCUCAGAGGUCAUCAGAGAACAGUUCAAUACCUGCAGCAUUUAGGUAAAACAAAAAUUAAAGAAAUUCCGUGCUAUUCAUUUCCNCACCUGGGUGAAGAGAGACAAAGUGGAGUAAAAUUAAUUGUCUAAAAAUACAACGCGACGGGCGAGGCGUCAACCCCGGACCUCCGGAGCUCGUGGUGUUAACCGCUCGGCCACACACGCCUGCUUUUUGAGGGGAGGGUUUAACUGGAGUACCCACAGUAAAGCCUCUCAGAACAAUGGCGAGAAUCAAACAACAAACACAACCCACAUAUGGUGCGGCUUCUGGGAAUUGAACCUGGUCUGGCCACUUAAGUCUGGCCACAUGAUUGAUGGGAGCGGACAUGCGCAAUCACCACUGCACCAUUCUUGCUCGCCAUCAUCAUCACAGUGUUGUUGGCCAUGAGUCAAGGAUAGGAAGAUAUUUUUUUCUAUCAUAAUUAUUUUGUUUCUCAGCAUCGUUCUACAUAACUGGUGUUUUAUGUUUUAGCACUGGAUCUUUUGUUAAGGCAAGCUCAAAAAUCCAGCAGUCAGCUCAGAGGUCAUCAGAGAACAGUUCAAUACCUGCAGCAUUUAGGUAAAACAAAAAUUAAAGAAAUUCCGUGCUAUUCAUUUCCCUGCCAACUAAUGCAGGGUUUUCAUUAAGAAUUCUGGUAGCAGCAGGGAGAAAGCAAAGAGGCUCCACGUCUUAAUAAAUAGUAGUCAUAAGCUAUCGAACGCUAGUCGGAGAAUUCUAUGUAGAUCUCCGAUGCCUAAUGAACACUCUGCUAAUGGCAUUAUACCAAGCAACUUGAAAUCAAAGUGAAAAAAUAACGAUAAAAACACGCACACACUCACACACUUAAUUCGAGAGUCAUUACAUUCAUAAUUUAGCACUAAAGUAUUUAACUGAAGUAUUACUUGAGGCCACUGUAACCAAGUGUUCUAUUGGAGACGGGACCGCCAUUUUACGUCGUCAUACGAACCACGCGAAGGUCUAGCUGUUUGUAGGGCAAAGGCAAUACCUUCAUUUCCAAGUGAUUUAAAGACCCUGAAUAUUGGUCCGGCCCCGGGGAUCAAACGCGUGACCUCCUACUCUGCAGUCAAGUGUCCUAGCGAUUGAUUUAGUCUGGCCUUGGAGACAGCCCUGGUAAUUCAAUGAUUCAUUGCCAACUGGUGUUUUCUUUUGUUGUUAUUUCUUUCAGGUCAUGAACAUUUAAAACUUAUUUUUGAUUUUUCCGUGUGGGUAUUGAAAGCUCAUCCUGAUGAUGGUUUGAAGGUAAGGGUUGAUUUGAGCAUGUUUUCUUGUUUUCAGUGGCAAACUUGGACAAAAUCCAGAGCAGGAGACACACACACACCCCCCUCCCAAACACACACCCCAAGAGAGGCUGACUAGUAACAUCUUGCAUAACUUCUUAGUCGUAUUAAACAUCCAAAGAACAGUAUUUGAAGGAACUGUAAUUCAAGAAUGAAUGUAUUGGCAUCAGAAAAUGUUUGCAACAUUUGGGUUUUACAAUCAAACGCCGCCAUUACGGACACUGAGGGGGCCAUAGAAAGUGUCCGUAUAAAGCAGGGUUCCACGGUACUUUUAAAUGGCUGCAGUUUAGUAGUGGAAGGAAAUAUUAAAGGAAUCCUUGAACCUCGUGUUUUGUCUGUCAGAUAUUUACAGAGGAUUUACCAGAAGUAGAAGGACUUCCUCGGGACAAAGUGCUGGCUCACAUAGAACAGAAUGCUAAACAGUUGACUAUUAGAUACUUGGUAAGUAGUCUUGCUUCCUAGAAGCUACAGUCAAAUCCCAUCGAAGGUGCCCGUAUCAAGCGGGGUCAAAAAUGCACCUUUUAUGUGAACAAAAUAAAUAUUAGGACAUCAGCAUCGUCAAAUUAUUCCUCCUUACAGGGCUGUUUUCCUUCGUCCUUAUGUCAGGUAAAGGAAAAUGUACUGAAAGAUUAACAGCUGCUGAAAGUCAAUUUUAUCCUCAGUUCAGCUCUUUCUGUUCUGUGUAUGUCGAUGAAUCUUAAUAAAUGUGAAACAAAAGGAAGAUAGUAAACCAAGGACCAAAUUGAAUCUUGCAUUAAUAGUCUUUAAUCUUUUUUAAUGGUUUUAGGAACAUAUAAUUUUUAUCUGGAAUGAAUCAAAGCCUGAAUUUCACAACAAGCUUAUCAACUGUUACCGUGAGAGGGUGCAAGUUCUGAUGAGGGAGUACUUAGAUUCAUUACCUGAAGGUUUGUAUCACUGUAUUAAUAGAGAUUUGAGGAGGAGAACAAGUACAAGUACGAGAGUCAACUUAAAGUUUGCGCGUUCUAAAAAAAAAGGCACUCCAAAAGCUUCAUUUUACUUUUUUUCACCAAAAAAGUUAGUAGGGUUAUUUAUACUGAAGGAGGUUAAGCCCUCUCCCGAUAGCAAAAUGAUAAAACGUCUUAGAUUUGAUAACUUGUUCCCGUCACUACGACAUUCUCGCUAAAACCCGUUGUAGAAUGACGACGGCUAUCACGUUUUCCCGCCAAAAUGACAUGUUUUGGUUUGUCAAGCCAACUAGUAAGGUGAACACAAGUCGUCACAUUUUCGAGCGUUUCAUGCACCGAGUACAAACGUGAAAUUUCCGAAUAUAUCAAAGGGCUUACUUCAUUUGCAUAAUUGUACACGAAAGUGUUUUUGACUGAAGAGACAGCGUCAGAUUUCUUUUGAGGAAAGUGUGCUUUCGUUGCUUAGUCAAUCUGAGCUAUAUCAGUUAAUGGUUUGCUCCAAAAUCAGCAAUCACCUACCCUCUAAAUUUCCGCACCAUUCAGGAAUCCGAUCUAUCCUGUACCAAGUCACCGGUCAAGAAAGUAGAAGGGUGUUUAAUACUUGAUGGGGUUAUUAAAUGCUCCGUGAAGUGAAACUUCCUUAAUACGGGCACUAAAGGAACAGUGCCAAAUGUCCGCAUUACAGAAGUGUCCUGUUUAUAGUUCAUGAAUUAGCGUGAUGUUUGGGACCCAAGUCAACUGUCUGUAAGCAUAAGAGGAGGUUCCAGUGUGUACACAGAACAAAUGCCAAGUUUGUGGAUCAGUUUACAAUUUUCGGAAACUUCCUCCCGUAACCUAACGUUGGCACUAACUUCUCGCUAAUAGCAAACUGUUGGGUUAGGGGAGGGGUAGGUACCCGGAACCUUAAUCAGAAUCUCAAGUUUGUUUCUUGGCGUAAAUAAGAGUUUUGGAAAUGAAGAAAUGAUCGUCGCAGUGAACGCAAUUUAUGCAAUUGCGUAAAGAAGCGUGAAAAAGAUUCAGUACUUCAACGGGGUUUGAACCCGUGACCUCGCGAUACCGGUGCGAUGCUCUACCAACUGAGCUAUGAAGCCACUGGCGUUGGGAGCAGGUCAAUUGUGGGUUCAUAUGUUCCCGUGAAAGAAAUGAGUCAGUGGCUUCAUAUUUCAGUUGGUAGAGCAUCGCACCGGUGUCGCGAGGUCACGGGUUCAAACCCCGUUGAAGUCCAGAAUUUUUUUUUUCAGGCUUCUUUACUCAAUUGCAUAGAUACGUUCACUGCGACGAUCAUUUCUUCAUUUCCAUUUCAUUUCCGCAGUUCAUAUAUGAUUUAUUUCAUAUAUCAUUAACAAUAAGAGUUUUACUUGUUUUCAGGUGACGAGCCGUUUCCUCCUGGCAGUGAACCAGGUGAACUGGGUGAAUUAAGAGGAAGACUUCUUUUCCUCCUGGAAACAUCAAAACACUACCAAGCUCAGCAUCUACUUACACACUUCCCUGAGAGUAGGUUAACUAUUUCGUUGAUCAUUGUUACCAGUUUGAUAACAGAGUCCGGAAUCAGGUCGGGCGUUGUUGUAAAAUUAUCUUUGUCAAAAUGUUGUUUAUCGUGGUUAAUGUGUAUAAAGGGUUUUGUUUAUCGUUUGUCUCACGAUUGUCACCAAGAUAAUGAUCGCGACGUUUUGACCGCGUUCUGUAGGUCGUCAGGUGAUAUUGUCGAUUUACUGAGUAGGGCUGUUUGUACCACCGUGGUUGCCAGUGAUUGGUGUAUAACGAAGCUCGCUCAUCCUCUUUGUUCUUAAGUAUUUUUUGGGUUGGUGUCACGGCUGGAGAUAGCCUUGUGUGAACAGGAAACACAAGGACAACACGACUCGAUAGGUUUCUUGGGGACACAAAAAUCGGUUUCAGAACUGCGCACUUAAAGGAGCUUUGUCACAAAUUCAGCCAAAUUAGGAAAUUACAAAAUGCGCGUUAAAUUAAGAGGAACAUAAAAAUAACCGCUUAAAACUUAAAGAAAGGUCAAAUUAACUUAACCGAAACAGCAGAUACCACGGAUGAGCAAAACUGAAGGAGACUGAAACGGAUUGAAAUUAGGUUUUUGAAAACUGUUCAGCCUAACAGUUUUUCAAAGUUGAUCCCUGCUGCUUGCAACUUCAAAAAUAAUGCUCAGGGGACAUAUUUAUUUGUCUCGGAUCUCUGAUUUUUCAUUUACCUGCAAUUUCUUUGCUUACUAUAAGUUCCAUAGCGAUUGAGGGCGAGUAAUUGGCAAAAUUAAACAAAAUGAACUGGUCUGCCGUGACACAGCCCCUUUAAUCUUAAGUUGCCUUAUCUGGUCUUAGACGGCUUACAGCCUCUCCCUUCUCUGUUUGAGAGGAGGAUGUGCCUGUACACAGGCUGUCCGGUCUUAGACAUCGAGUCUUGUGAAGUGACUAUGACUAUGGAUGAAAUUCUUUAUCAUUAAAUGUGUAUCUAUUCUUGUACUGUUUACUAUGAUGUGGAAGAAACUUCUCAUUUUUUUUUUUUUUUUGCAAAAGAGCAGUAUUUUCCUUAUGGAUAACUGUGUUCUUGAGUAAUACUUUUGCAACGGUUUGUGAGGUGAUCUUCACUUAAAGUAAGGGGACCGGUGACUACUCAGUUGUAUAUUUAGUUUUGUCUACAUGCAUUUGAGAAAUGACAUAACCAAGGCUAGAAAGAAACAGUAUUGUCCCAUUUAGCGUUGAAAGAUUUCGUGUUAUGGACUCUAGUAUUUUCUUGCAGCCUUCUAUCAUGAACGAGCGCUUCUCCUGGGUCGAGUAGGAAGACACGAGGAAGCAUUAGCCAUUUAUAUUCACGUUUUACACGAUGCUAAGCUAGCAGAAGAGUAAGUAUUCUACUAGAUGCAACGACAUUUUGUGCCGUUAGGACAUUUUGACCUGUUCAUUGUGGAAUAAGAAUACAGAGAAGAAAUAGGAGUAAUUCAGACCUAUUCUACUGAAGCCAGUAUGCAAGUGAAAUACAUGUGCGAAGUCCUGCAGAUGACCAAACACUUUUUAGUUUUAUUUCUGAAAGUAGCAGUGUUAUUUCGUAUUCCAGAUACUGUCAUCGAAACUAUAAUGAAGGCAAAGAAGGAAGUAAAGAUGUAAGUGAUUUGUGAUCACUUGAUACUUGUAAAACUUUUGUUAGUAAAUAUUUGUUAUUCCUGCAAAAGCUAAAACCCCCUUAACGUCUUCCCGCUUAAUUAGUGACCAAAAAGAAAUUUCACAACAUUUUCAAGUAUCAUAUUUUAUUAUAAAAUAAAAUAGCAGUAUGAAGAACUACUACCAAACAGAUCACAUUUCAUUCGUUCCACGAUUAGAUUUACACUGAAGGUCCAAAAGGCAAAACUAUUUCUUCUCAUUAUAACUCCUAUAUAGUUCAUGGAAAGUUCGGGCGUACGGUAUUUACGCGUGGGUUUUGUGUAAACACGGUACAAAGCACUUUCCAUAUGGUAUUGUGUUAAGUACAUACAUACUGAGACAUUUAUCAUUUUUCCAUCCUUUUAUUUAUUGUCUUUCCGAAAUCCUAAAAUGCCAAAAUACGCCGCUACACACUACGAAAUGACAAAGAAAACGAAGAAUAGUGUUCGGAAUGUACAAUUGAAAAUGAAUGAAUUUGAGUAAAAUAAGACAAGACAAAAAUAUCUCCGAUAAAAAGUACAACUUAAGCUUACGUCUCGUUCUGUUUUGUUCCCCUUCCGCGGUUUUUUUUAAUCGGCCCUCUACAGUUGUCUUUAUCGACAGUGAAACGUACGAAACUGUACCACUCCAAUGUCCGAGAUGUUUUCAGUUUUCUACAAGAAAAACUCCACUUUCUGGUCUUUUCUCGAUGAAUAUCUGUAGAGCAACUCGUAAAGCGAGGGUGCGUCAAGCUGCACGAACUGUGAAAGGUGGAAAUUCCGAUUGGAAGUAUCAUUUUUCUCAAACUUGAAAAAACAUCGUUCGCGUGUGGUCAAUUUAAUAAAACUUUUACAAGUGUCAUCCAUAAGUGUAGGUAUUGUUUUCAGACUGUAGGACAAUGACUUCACUUGUAAAUUGUACUUGUAAAAGUUUUAUCAAAUUGAUCUCUGAUUGGUAGGUGUACGUGUCACUACUGCGCAUGUACUUGGAGCCUCCUAAGAUCAACAGCAAGGAAGUAAAACCGAGCAUUACAGUGGCGCUCAAUGUGCUUCAAGAACAUCACCAGAAGAUUUCAACUGCUAAGGUAUGUGACGAAUGAUGCUAUUAGGAACUUUAAGAUUCAACAACGCGGACGGCAACGAGAACGUCGCUUAAAAAGUGAAUGUGCGUUCUUUCAGUCUUUAUAGCGAUUAUUCCUACGCACUUACUUUGUCAAAUGUAGGCGAACCCUUCAGAAGCUGAAUUUCAAGGGACCAUAGCCAAGCUCAAAUAGAGAAAUAAAAUUUCGUCGUUGCUUGUUUACGUCCUCCAUAAACCACAAAAUUUGGCAUUUUCACGUCGUAGUCAUGCAAAAACAGGAAAGAAAUGUACAAAAAAAGCGUGAUGCACGUGCGAAGUUGUUAUUUUGCUUAUUAAACCAAUUGGGUUUUUUUACAUUCUCGUUGCCGUCCGUCCGUUCGUUGGAUCGUAAACUCCCUAUUGUUGCUGUGAACAAGUUCUCCAUUUGGGGAUGUUGUGAGAAGUCACGCGCGAGCGGCACGGGAAAGAAGACGCGUUUUUGCCGCUCGUUCGCGCGUUCUCUCGCGGCCUACUUCGCUAGCCACUAGUAAUGAGAGCUUGCUCGCAGGCUAAUGCUAUAAGUGACUUGGGCCGACUGUGGUCUCAACCGAUGUCGUACGAAGUUGUGCAGUUUAACGAGAACUUUUUGGGUGGUCGUUGUAUGAUUUACUGACACCCUAUGGGCGAAUCUUUGCUGACGUCAUUGUUUACAUUUUUCCUCAUUAGCAUACCACUUAACUCAUAGAAGCCGUGGCCGUAUAUAUGAACUAAAGGCAAAAGUUGAAAGAGCUGAUUAAGUUGAGCAAUUUGUGCAAUUUUCAGCUCUUUGCAAGCAACAAUGAAGGAAACAUCAGCCAUCAAAAACUGCGAAAUUGCUAGGUGGCAAAAAGUUAAUGAGCCAUACAUUCUGUGUAAAAUUUCGAGUUUUUAGAAGAGAAUUUCUCCGAAGCCAUUCGGUGUAUUGGGCUCAAAUUUUCACAGAUAACUUAAACUGUUAUGUCCUUUCAAUAUUCAGAGUUUUUAUUUUAUUAGCGUCAUCACAUAGUGAUAAGCAUAAUGGUUAAUGAGGCAAAAAGUGUAAACAAGGAUUCGCCCAUAUGAACAACAAUGCAAUGGGCAUGUUUUUAGAAACUAUCUUUAGCUCUGUUGCGCCUCUUCAAUCCAUAGAACUUAGACGGGGUUGCCGAUGUGAGAAGUGAGAAUAGACGCCAAGUCAAAAGGCUAGUUUCCCAGCGGAUUCUUCUCACAUCACAAGCGCUUUAGCCUCGUGCAGGAGAUUGACUGCCCUACCCUGUACACGUAUACCACGGCACUACAAUUUUUAGUUGGCUCUCUGGACAAAAAAAAUUGCGAGGCUAUGUCCCGCUACUUGCGUUAUUUUUAACAAACUAAAGCAUGUCUUCGCGUGGAUUGAAUUCCAAAAGUGAUGGUCCAGUUUUGUUGUUGACUAUAUUCAGGCAUUAUAACUGUAUUCCGUCGUCUGUUGCUCCGGAUGGCAAGGAUGGACAUGGAUUAAAACUUGAAAAAAUUAUAAGGUUUAAUGCUAUGCUUUCAAAAGUCAGCAAAAGCCUCUUUCCGUUUGUUCUUCUGGAUGAAAUUAGUUUGAUAUCUUCUUCUUCAUACCUGAAAAAAGAGCAUUUUGUGUCUGGGUAAAGGCGCAAAGUAUCGACGUUAGCACAGAGUUGACUUCAAACAGCAAUAUCCUUGUAGCUUAGACCUUAAAUGACUCACCUUUAGAGUGUUUUUUUUGUUUUUUGUGUCUACAGGCGCUCGAGUUACUUCCCUCUUCCAUUGAGGUGCGUGAAGUGUAUACAUUUUUGUCGAGUGUUUUGGAGGAUAAGGAGAAGAAACGCAAAAAUUGUCAAGUACUGAAAAGUCUUUUGUUUGCAGAACAUUUACAGGUAAAUAUGAUUGCUUUAUGUGGCCUCCCAGGAGAGACUGACAGAUAAAACCGCGGUAGCUCAGUCGGUAGAACGCUUGACUGCGCCGCGAGAGGCCGUGGGUUCGGGCGCUUUCCAUUUGUCAGAACUGACCGGCCAGACCAUUCCCGUCGAAAUGAUAAUUUCACUUUUAAUAACAACUAUCCUGCCAGAUCAGUCAAAUCCUAAAUAGUAUGCAUGAAGGAGAACAUUUUUCAGCAAAAACCCUGUGGAAAUAGCCGAUUUCAUUUGCUUUCUGACUGGUCCGGCGGGCCAGUUCUAACAAAUGGAAAGCGCCCUUCGAUUCCCGGGGCCGGACCAAUACUCAGGGUCUUACGGCCUUAGAAAUGAAGGUACUUUCUUUGUUCUUCAAACGGCUAGAGCUUCGCGUGGCUCGGAUAACUCCAUAAAAUGGCGGUCCCGUCUCCAGUACGAGACGUAAAAAUUGUGUCCUCAAUUAGUACGUUUUGCCAAAUUCAUUGACACUCAGCAUUAUAAAGUGCAUGUGUAUUUAGUUUUUGAGCUUUGUCUGGAAAGUCCCUGUAAUUACCUGACCCGCCCGUCCAGCUGUUUUAUGUUUUACUUGAUUUGGUCAAAUGGGAUAUUGUAUCAACUAUUUGAUGAGAUGUACCAGUGAAAGUCCUAGAAUGUAUAUACCUGGGUAGUCUGCCUUUUUGCUCAAGUUUGUUGAGAAAGUAGGAAAGAGAAACGCUCGCUACACAGGCUACAAUGAACUUAAGUCAGAUGCCAUUUGUCCGGAUGGAAUAUUUGAUGGGCUUGCAAAGCGAGGGGCUGCUAAAGUGUCUCCGCCUAGUCCCAUCCGGCCCUAUGGUAAUUACAAAUUUGCAUAUGUCCUUAUGAUCUGUUUAUAUGUAUCUUAAGCUAAGUCUGUGUUAGAAACUUAGCGGAAAUAGAGGUUCUUACGCUGUCCAACUUUUUGUCAGGUUCAACAACAGCGCAUGUACCAUCAGGCUCGUAAAAUCCUGUUAACAGAUGAAAGAGCGUGCCAAGUCUGCCAUAAAAAAAUUGGAAACAGGUAAGUUAUCCAAUAUUACUUGUCCUUGUCUGUUAUCGUAGUUUAAAUGCCGAGAAUUUUAGGGACCUUAUGCUAGGGGCCGACCAUUUGAAUAGUGAGGUGGACUGAGUCGGGUGAUUUUUCAGGGAAAAAUCCUCGUAUCGUGAUAGUCCCAUAUUUACACACAAAAAAGUACAAAAGUAGGCCGUGGAAAAAAAUUUGCCCAAACCAAGUUUCUUCCUCCUCUAAUAUGUGUGGUUCCAAAGCUUUUGAGAACAUAGGGAUGCCCAUGGCGUAACUUCAAACACAUCACGGCCCCAGGCUUCAACUGAGUAGAAAAAAUGUUAGUUAAUGUUGCAAUUUUAUGUCGUGUUUCCGGUUUUUUAAGUUCACUUACAAUCUGCUCGGCGGCAACCGGACGUAAUUUGCGUUCCUCUGCGUUUUGUGGCGUCUAGAGCACUAAAAAGUGGCUUCCGGUUGCUUUUUACCCUGUGCAAGGUUAUGUUUAUAGUGCUUAGAGUUACGUAAAACCAUGUUUGCUGUUUGAACUGAUUUUUGAAGAAAUUUCCGUUGUUUAAUAACGUUUAUUUUUUAUUUUCCUAAGCGCAUUUGCUUAUUACCCGUCUGGAGAAAUCCUUCAUUACUACUGCUGCAAAAACCUGACCUCCCCCCCUGGUAGUGCGCACACCACACCGAGGCACAGCCCAACACCUGAGGAUAAUAUGCUACCAAGAUUCUGAUCACGUGACGCUUAGUAUAGGAAUUCAAUCACGCACUUGCAUUGUGACACAGCAACCUCGCGUCGAGAAGAAAAUUUUUCUUAUCAUUUGAACUGCUAAGGAAAAACCAAUGUAUGAUGCAAAGGAAGUUUGGGAAGAAGAACUUGCAGUAAUUCCAAGUCAAUAGUAGACUGAGUGCUGCCAGCACUCAGUCUACUUUUGACAGGUGCGUGCGCUUGUUCGAAAGGUCAAGGUCACGCGAAGGUCACUUCGUGAUCGCUUGUGCUGCGAGACUGUACGUUUCAAAAGUGCCUGUUCCCUAGAUUUAUUAUGAGACAAUUUUCAAUUUAGUUAGGAAGGAAAAGCAUUUAUAAUAGAUAUAUAGUCACUUGGGGAUCAGAUAUUAUGAUGAUAAUCAAAAACUUACUUAAUUUA